AUGACGAAGACACCCCAAGACUUGCAAAUCGCCAUUCUGGGCGCUGGCAUGGGUGGGCUGACUUGUGCCCUUGCUCUGGCUCAACGAGGAUUUAAAAAUAUCCAUGUCUAUGAAUAUGCCAACGACCUUGGCUUCGUCGGCGCCGGGAUCCAAUUGGCCCCGAAUAUGGCACGCAUUCUGGACCACCUCGGUGUCUGGAAGGGUAUCAGGGAUGAGGCGGUGAACAUUGAAGAGACAUCAGUCAGAGAGGGCGCGACGAACGGCGAGCUCGCGCACGUCGAGCUGCGGUACAUUGAGAAGACUUACGGGCACCCACACAUGGUCGGACACAGGUCGUCGCUGGCCAAUGGACUGUACCAAGGGUGCCUGAAGGAGCCGGCCAUCAAGUUCCACUUUGGCACGAACGCCCAGAAGGUCGACUCAUUCGGGCCACGGCCAUCAUUCACAGCGGAGCCGCGCGCAGAAGGCGCCGCCCCGUAUCAGGUGGAGUGCGAUGUGCUCCUUGGUGCGGACGGCAUCAAGAGUCAGACGCGGGUGGAGAUGCUCAAGAAGCUGAACGUCGAUGUCGGCGUCAAAGACACCCACCAGGCGGCAUACCGCAUCGUGAUCCACAAAGACCAGAUCAAAGACGACCCAGAGCUGCUAGAGCUCAUCAAUAGCGCGCGGGUGACUCGCUGGAUUGGCGAGAAGCGUCACAUCAUCGCGUACCCGGUCUCCAACAACACAAUCUACAACCUGUCGACCACACAGCCCGACACCAACUUCGCCGCCGCCACCAACGCAACCUACACGACGCGCGGCUCCAAGCCCGCCAUGAUGAGUGUUUUCUCCGACUUCUGUCCCAUGGUCCAGCGCCUGCUCAACCAUGUGCCCGACGGCGAGGUCUGCGAGUGGAAGCUGCGCGUCCACGACCCGCUACCGACCUGGAUCCAUGAGUCUGUCGCUCUGGUCGGCGACGCCUGCCACCCGACCCUGCCUCAUCUGAACCAAGGUGCUGCCCAGGCCAUUGAAGACGGCGCCGUUCUCGGGGUCGUGCUGUCCCGGCUCCCCGAUACCUCCCCGGAAUCGAUCAACAAGGCCCUCCGCGUCUACGAGAAGGUGCGUAAGAACCGCGCCGAAACUUUGGUCGAGAUGGCCGCGGCCUCGGGCCGCACCUUGCAUCUGGGCGAUGGUGCUGCCAAGGCGGAGCGUGACAGGCAGUUUGCUGCCCUUCGUGAGGGUAAGGGUCCUGUGCCGGACAAGUGGGCCGAUGCCGACGUGCAGCGCAAGAUCUAUGGCUUUGACUGCACCAAAGAGGCAGAGCAUCACUUUGUCGAGUAUUACUCGCAACUGUAA